ACAGACUGAGUAUGGGGCUAGAUGUGAACGCAGAAGCACAGAGAUUGCAUUAUUCCUUUAUUCAGUAGUACUUCACAUCUGAGUUUUUAUUUUUUUUGGAUGGUGGUUGUGUAGCUGCAGUGCAAGAAGAAAUCAUUUCUACCAGGCACUGGUUCAGCUAGGAACAAAAUAGACUUUGAGAAGCCAGCACAAUCCCCAAAUACUAACUGCACACAUGUAACCUCAGGCAUCACGAUUCGGAUUCAGUCUUCUUUAGCAGAACUUUGGGAACUGCUUUUUGUUAAUCUGGUGGUUGCUUGUUUGUUGCUGGAUUUGCACAUUAGCACAGGCAUAGGAACCUAGAGCACUUUAAUCCUGAUUUGGACGUGGAUGCUUGUCUUUAGAACAUCAAUGGUCCAUAUACCAAAUCAACCCCCUCCGAUGCCCGGAGCAAAGAGGCAGGCAUUUUUUUUCUUCGGCUGUUUGGUUAUAAUGCUUGGCUACCUGACUCUGCCAGGAGCCAGUGCACAACAGGUCUUCAAUGCAGAGUCUAGAUAUGGAACUCAGGAGGCAAGGGAUGGAGUCAACAGUGCUGCUGCCAGUAGGACCCGUAGGUUGGGAUCUCAGUAUUCUCUGCAUGGGCCAAAUGUUUGCGGAUCUCGAUUCCAGUCUUUUUGCUGUCCUGGAUGGAAAACCCUUCCUGGAGGGAAUCAGUGCAUAGUCCCAAUUUGUAGGAAUAGCUGUGGUGAUGGAUUCUGUUCCCGCCCAAACAUGUGUACUUGCUCAAAUGGACAAAUAUCCCCAAACUGUGUUGCUAAAACUGGACAGCAGUGCAGCAUCCGGUGCAUGAAUGGAGGGACAUGUGUUGAAGAUCAGUGUCAAUGCCAGAAGGGUUAUGUUGGAGCGCACUGUGGACAGCCUGUAUGUGAAAAUAGCUGCCAGAAUGGAGGUCGCUGUAUUGGUCCCAAUCGAUGCAUGUGUGUCUACGGAUUUACUGGUCCACAAUGUGAACGAGACUACAGAACCGGACCUUGUUUUACUCAAGUCACCAAUCAAAUGUGUCAAGGUCAAGUGACUGGCAUUGUUUGCACAAAAACUCUCUGCUGUGCUACUAUUGGACGUGCUUGGGGACACCCAUGUGAGAUGUGCCCUGCUCAACCCCAACCCUGUCGACGUGGUUUUAUUCCCAACAUACGCAGUGGAGCAUGUCAAGAUGUUGAUGAAUGUCAGGCAAUUCCUGGUCUGUGCCAAGGAGGAACAUGCAUUAACACCGAUGGAUCUUAUGAGUGUAGGUGUCCUGCCGGCCACAAGCAAAGUGAAACAUCUCAGAAAUGUGAAGACAUCGAUGAGUGCACCACUAUUUCUGGUGUCUGCAAUGGAGGAGAAUGCUCGAACACAAUUGGCAGCUACUACUGCCUCUGCCCGCGUGGGUUUGUUACCUCUCUGGAUGGCUCACGAUGCAUCGAUCAAAGGUCAGGCGUAUGUUUUUCUAGUCUGAUAAAUGGUCAUUGUGCACAAGAGUUGACGGGAAGGUAUACCAGAAUGCAAUGUUGCUGUGAAUCUGGCCGUUGUUGGACCCUGGCUUCUAUACCUGAAAUGUGUCCAAUCAGGGGUUCUGAUGAAUAUCGGAGGCUUUGCAUUGAUGGUGUUCCAUUUGGAGGCCCAAGACCAGAUGGUACAGGAGGGUUUGGCCCUGGAUAUAUCCCAAUACCUGGCCCUGGGGGGAAUGGAUUUCACCCUGGCAUAGCUGGAACAGGAAUAGAUGGACAACACCCUGUUAUAAAUGGAGGAGUUGCAACAUUAAAUCAGACUGUAGAUAUUUGCAAACAGUACCCUAAUCUUUGCCUGAAUGGACGUUGCAUUCCUAAUCUGAGCAGUUAUCGAUGCGAGUGCAAUAUGGGAUUUAAACAUGAUACACAAACUGAAUGCAUUGAUGUCGAUGAGUGUAUAUCAAACCCUUGCACUAAUGGAGAUUGUGUUAACACACCUGGAUCGUAUUAUUGUAAAUGCCAUUUAGGGUUCCAACGGACCCCCACAAAACAAACUUGUAUGGAUAUUGAUGAGUGCAUUCAGAAUGGUAUACUUUGCAAACAUGGCCGCUGUGUGAAUACCGAAGGAAGCUUUCAGUGUAUAUGUAAUGCUGGCUUUGAGUUAACGGCUGAUGGUAAAAGCUGUACAGAUCAUGAUGAAUGUGCCACAACAAACAUGUGUCUAAAUGGAAUGUGCAUAAAUGAGGACGGCAGCUUCAAAUGUAUUUGUAAGCCUGGCUUCGUCCUUGCUUCGAAUGGCCGCUAUUGUACUGAUGUAGACGAGUGCCAGACUUUGGGCAUCUGCAUGAAUGGUCAUUGUGUCAACACUGAAGGCUCCUUUCGAUGCGACUGUCCACCAGGAUUGGUUGUUGGAGUAGAUGGCCGUGUCUGUGUGGACACACAUAUGCGCAGUACUUGCUAUGGAUCAAUCAAAAAAGGAGCCUGUGUUCGUCCUUUUCCUGGAGCUGUAACUAAAUCAGAGUGCUGCUGUGCUAAUCCCGACUAUGGGUUUGGAGAACCAUGCCAUCCAUGCCCUCCAAGAAAUUCUGCUGAAUUCCAAGGGCUAUGCAGCGGAGGCAUAGGUAUAACUGUUGAUGGACGAGACAUCAAUGAGUGUGCACUUGAUCCUGACAUAUGUUCUAAUGGAAUUUGUGAAAACUUGCGUGGAACAUUCCGUUGUAAUUGUAAUAGUGGAUAUGAGUCUGAUUCUUCUGGAAGAAAUUGUAUUGACAUCGAUGAAUGCUCAGUGAAUAGAUUGCUCUGCGACAAUGGACUUUGCCGGAACACACCAGGAAGUUACAACUGUGUUUGCCGCAAAGGUUUUGUGUUCACACCAGAUACUGACACGUGUGAAGACAUAAAUGAAUGUGAAAGUAAUCCAUGUAUCAAUGGGGUUUGCCAAAAUUCUCCUGGUUCCUUCAAUUGUGAGUGUUCUCCAGAAAGCAGUUUGGAUCCAACUAGACUUAUCUGCAUAGAUAGCCUUAAAGGAACUUGUUGGCUUAAUAUCCAAGAUGGUCGCUGUGAAGUGAACAUUAAUGGUGCAACACUGAAAUCUGAAUGUUGUGCUACGUUGGGAGCUGCGUGGGGAAGUCCAUGUGAACGAUGUGAAAUAGAUUCUGCCUGUCCACGAGGAUUUUCCAGGUCAAGAGGAGUUGCUUGUGAAGAUGUCAACGAGUGUGAAGUCUUUCCAGGCGUGUGCCCCAAUGGGCUCUGCCGUAAUACUAAAGGGUCUUUUGUUUGCGACUGUCCAGAUGGAUUGACUUUGGAUGGAACGGGUAGAUUGUGUAUAGAUUUACGUAUGGAGCAGUGCUUCUUGAAAUGGGACGAAGAUGAGUGCAUCCAGCCUGUUCCUGGAAGGUUCCGCCUCGAUGCUUGUUGCUGUACUGUUGGAGCAGCUUGGGGCACAGAAUGUGAGGAAUGUCCAAAACAGGGCACUGAUGAAUUUAACCUGCUGUGUCCAAGAGGGCGUGGGUACACCAACAGAGGCGAUGUUAUAUCAGGCAGACCUUUCUAUAAAGAUAUCAAUGAGUGUAAGGCUUUCCCUAGCAUAUGUACCAAUGGGAAAUGCAGAAACACACUUGGAAGCUUUAAAUGCAAGUGUAACAACGGGUUUGCAUUGGACAUGGAAGAACGGAACUGUACAGAUAUUGAUGAAUGCCGAAUCUCUCCUGAUCUUUGUGGCAGUGGUAAUUGUGUCAAUACUCCAGGCAGCUUUGAGUGUGAAUGCUUUGAAGGCUUUGAAAGUGGCUUCAUGAUGAUGAAGAACUGCAUGGAUAUUGAUGAAUGUGAGAGGAACCCUCUGCUUUGCCGGGGUGGGGAAUGUGUUAACACGGAAGGUAGCUUUCAGUGCAUCUGCCCUGCUGGACAUGAACUGACGCCAUCAGGAGAUGCCUGUGUGGAUGUUAACGAGUGCUCUCUGAGUGACAAUCUUUGCAGAAAUGGGAAGUGUGUAAAUGUCAUUGGAAGCUAUCAGUGUUCCUGCAAUCCUGGAUACCAAGCCACCCCUGACAAACUCGGAUGUACAGAUAUUGAUGAGUGUAUGAUAAUGAAUGGAGGCUGUGACAGCCAUUGCACUAACUUGGAGGGAAGCUACGAAUGUAGCUGCCUUGAUGGCUAUGCACUGAUGCCCGAUAAGAGGACUUGUGGAGAUAUUGAUGAGUGUGAAGAUAACCCAGAGAUUUGUGAUGGAGGACAAUGUACAAACAUACCAGGAGAAUAUCGCUGCUUGUGCUUUGAUGGAUUCAUGGCUAGUAUAGAUAUGAAGACUUGUAUAGAUGUGAAUGAGUGUGACAUAAACUCAAAUGUCUGCAUUUUUGGAGAUUGCGAGAAUACCAAAGGAUCAUUUGUAUGUCACUGUCAGGUUGGGUAUUCAGUGAAAAAGGGAACCACUGGCUGUACAGAUGUGGAUGAAUGUGAAAUUGGGGCUCAUAACUGUGAUCUGCAUGCCUCAUGUCUCAAUGCCCCAGGAAGCUUUAAAUGUACAUGUAAGGAAGGCUGGGUUGGAAAUGGAAUCACUUGUAAUGAUCUUGAUGAAUGUUCUAAUGGAACCCAUCAGUGUAGUGUUUCUGCACACUGCUUAAAUAGCCCUGGAUCUUACCGGUGUGCCUGUAUAGAGGGGUACACAGGAGAUGGAUUCGCUUGUUCGGAUGUUGAUGAGUGUGCAGAAAAUAUUAAUCUGUGUGAGAAUGGGCAAUGUCUGAAUAUCCCGAGCUCAUAUCGAUGUGAGUGUGAGAUGGGCUUUACUCCUUCUGCAGACAGCAAAUCUUGCCAAGAUAUUGAUGAAUGUGCUUUCCAGAACAUUUGUGUAUUUGGAACCUGUAGUAACCUUCCAGGAAUGUUCCGUUGCAUCUGUGAUGAUGGCUAUGAACUGGACCGUACUGGCGGAAACUGCACAGAUGUUGAUGAAUGUGCAGAUCCAAUUAAUUGUGUAAAUGGCUUCUGCAUCAAUUCACCAGGAAGAUAUGAGUGCAACUGCCCACCGGACUUCCAACUGAACCCAACUGGAGUUGGCUGUGUGGAUACAAGAGUUGGCAAUUGUUAUCUAAACCAUGGACCUCGUGGCGAUGGAACAAUAUCUUGCAGUACUGAGAUUGGAGUUGGUGUCAGUCGAUCUUCAUGCUGCUGUUCCCUUGGAAAGGCUUGGGGAAACCCAUGUGAAAUCUGCCCCCCGGUUAACAGCUCUGAAUAUAACACAUUGUGCCCGGGAGGAGAAGGAUUCAGGCCUAACCCAAUUACCAUUAUAUUAGAAGAUAUCGAUGAGUGCCAGGAGUUACCAGGUCUAUGUCAAGGUGGUAACUGCAUUAACACCUUUGGAAGUUUCCAGUGUGAGUGUCCACAAGGCUAUUACCUUAGUGAGGAAACCCGCAUCUGUGAAGAUAUAGAUGAAUGUGUUACACAUCUGGGAGUCUGUGGACCAGGGACAUGUUACAAUACAUUAGGCAACUACACCUGCAUAUGCCCUCCAGAAUACAUGCAAGUUAAUGGUGGCCACAACUGCAUGGAUAUGAGAAAGAGUUACUGCUACAGAACGUAUAACGGAACAUCAUGUGAUAACGAACUUCCCUUUAACGUAACAAAAAAGAUGUGCUGUUGCACAUAUAACAUUGGAAAAGCCUGGAGCAAACCUUGUGAGCCAUGCCCAAUUCCUGGAACAGGUGAUUUCAAAAAUCUCUGUGGCUCUAUCCCUGGAUUUACAUUUGACAUACACACUGGCAAGGCUGUCGACAUUGACGAGUGCAAAGAGAUCCCUGGUAUAUGCGCAAAUGGUGUUUGCAUCAAUCAAAUUGGCAGCUUCCGCUGUGAAUGCCCAACUGGAUUCAGCUAUAAUGACCUGCUGUUGGUCUGUGAAGACAUUGAUGAGUGCAACAGUGGGGAUUAUUUUUGCCAGAGAAAUGCUGAUUGUAUCAACAGCCCCGGUACUUAUCGCUGUGAAUGUUCUGCUGGCUUCAAGCUUUUACCAAAUGGUGCUUGCAUAGAUCGCAAUGAAUGUCUUGAGAUUCCAAAUGUUUGCAGCCAUGGUACAUGUGAGGACACAGAAGGAAGUUACCGGUGUAUAUGCAACAAUGGAUUCAAAGCAUCACCAGACCGGACUAUGUGCAUGGAUAUUGAUGAAUGCGAGAGACAGCCGUGUGGGAAUGGAACCUGUAAAAACACAGUGGGAUCGUAUAACUGUCUCUGCUACCCAGGGUUUGAGCUCACUCCUAAUAAUGACUGCAUGGAUAUUGAUGAAUGCAGCUCCUUCUUUGGUCAGGUAUGCAGGAACGGACAGUGUUUUAAUGAAAUUGGUAAUUUCAUUUGCUUAUGUAAUGAAGGAUAUGAACUCACCUCAGAUUUCAAAAACUGUAUUGACAUUAAUGAGUGUGAGACGUAUCCCGGCACAUGCUCUCCUGGUACAUGUCAGAACUUGGAAGGCUCUUUCAGAUGCAUAUGCCCCCCAGGAUAUGAGGUCAAAAGGGAACAAUGUAUAGAUAUCGAUGAAUGUAAUGAAGAACCUGAAAUUUGUCUUUUUGGAACGUGCUUUAACACUGCAGGAAGCUUUCAAUGUGUUUGCCCUCCAGGAUAUGUACUGUCAGAGCACGGAAGAAGGUGCUUUGAUACCCGGCAAAGCUUCUGUUUUACCAGAUUUGAAAAUGGUAAAUGCUCGGUUCCUAAAGCCUACAACAGUACUAAGGCAAAGUGCUGCUGUAGUACCAUGCCAGGAGAAGGAUGGGGUGAUCCGUGUGAGCUGUGUCCAAAAGAAGGAGAAGUGGCCUUUCAGGAUCUUUGCCCCUUUGGACAUGGGACUAUUCCAGGCAUAGGAGAUACACGAGAAGAUGUAAACGAAUGCCUUGAAAAUCCAGGAAUUUGUGCAAACGGUCAUUGCAUUAACACUGAUGGAUCAUUUCGUUGCGAGUGCCCUGUGGGAUAUAAUUUGGAUUACACAGGUGUAAGUUGUAUAGACACCGACGAAUGUUCCAUUGGUAAUCCUUGCGGGAAUGGCACAUGCACAAAUGUCAUCGGCACAUUUGAGUGUUCCUGUGAUGAAGGUUUUGAACCUGGACCAAUGAUGAACUGUGAAGAUAUCAAUGAAUGCUCAUCAAACCCACUUUUGUGUGCAUUCCGCUGUAUAAACACCUAUGGAUCUUAUGAAUGUACGUGUCCUAUAGGUUAUGUACUCAGAGAGGACCAUAGGAUGUGCAAAGAUUUUGAUGAGUGCAUCGAAGGUUUACAUGACUGUGAAUCUCGAGGUAUGCUUUGCAAAAACCUCAUUGGGACAUUUAUGUGCAUUUGUCCUCUUGGUAUGACACGGAGACCUGAUGGAGAAGGUUGCAUAGAUGAGAAUGAAUGCCGCAGCAAACCAGGCAUUUGUGAAAAUAGUCGCUGUAUCAACACUGUUGGAAGCUAUCGAUGUGAAUGCAAUGAAGGAUUUCAAUCAACCCCAUCUGGAACUGAAUGUCUUGAUGUACGCCAGGGAUUUUGCUUUUCCGAGGUCUUGCAAACAAUGUGUCAGAUGUCAUCAAGCAGCCGUAACCAUGUCACUAAGUCUGAGUGUUGCUGCAAUGGAGGGAGAGGGUGGGGCAACCAGUGUGAAAUUUGCCCACUUCCAAGUACAGCUCUUUUCAAGAAGCUUUGUCCACAUGGCCCAGGGUAUACCACCGAUGGAAAAGAUAUAGAUGAAUGUAAGGUGAUGCCAAAUCUAUGUCGAAAUGGGCAAUGUGUCAACAACAUUGGUUCUUUUAGAUGUUUCUGCAAAACUGGAUACACACCUGACAUUGGGGGCACUGCCUGUGUUGACCUUGAUGAAUGCUCACAGUCCCCCAAACCAUGUAACUAUAUCUGUAAGAACACAGAAGGGAGCUACCAGUGCUCCUGCCCCAAAGGGUACAUCCUACAAGAAGAUGGAAAGACCUGCAAAGAUCUUGAUGAAUGUCAAACCAAACAGCACAACUGCCAGUUCCUCUGUGUCAACUCUGUAGGAGGCUUCACUUGUAAAUGUCCUCCAGGAUUCACACAGCAUCAUACGGCUUGCAUUGAUAAUAAUGAAUGCGGUUCACAGCCUAGCCUAUGUGGUCCCAAAGGAAUGUGUCAGAACACACCUGGUAGCUUUACCUGUGAGUGUCAGAGAGGAUUUUCAUUAGAUACAACUGGAUUGAACUGUAAUGAUGUCGAUGAGUGUGAUGGUAGCCACCGAUGCCAACAUGGCUGUCAGAACAUAAUUGGAGGUUACAGGUGCAGCUGUCCGCAGGGCUAUGUUCAGCAUUACCAGUGGAAUCAGUGUGUUGAUGAAAAUGAAUGCAGUUCCCCGGAUGCGUGCGGUUCUGCCUCAUGCUAUAAUACACUCGGUAGCUACAAAUGUGGCUGUCCAUCUGGAUUCUCCUUUGACCAGCUUUCUUCAUCUUGUCAUGAUGUGAAUGAAUGCACAAACUCCAAGAAUCCUUGCAAUUAUGGCUGUUCCAAUACUGAUGGAGGUUAUCUCUGUGGAUGUCCACCUGGAUAUUACAGAGUCGGGCAAGGGCAUUGCGUCUCUGGAAUGGGCUUUAACAGGGGUCAGUACCAGAUUCCCGAUCGAGAAGCUGGUGAUGACAAUGCCCUCUCUCCAGAAACGUGCUAUGAGUGCCAGAUCAAUGGCUACUCAAAGAAAAGUGGAAGGAAGAAAAGAAAUGCAAACAACACUGAAUCUGUCAUGAAUGGGCAGAUUAGCCUGAAGAGUAUUGCAAUGGAUGUUCCACUUAAACUGAGUCUAAACAUUUCUCAACUAAAUACCAAGAAACAUCUAUUGGAAAUCAUCCCAGCUAUUCAACCUCUUAACAACCAUGUACGUUACGUUAUUUCCCAAGGAAAUGAUACAAUCUUUCACAUUGCCCAGAGGGAUGGACUCAGCUACCUCCAUGCUACACAGAAGAAAAUUAUGCCUGGGACAUACACACUGGAAAUCAAAAGCAUUCCUAAUUUUAAAACAAGUGACUUAAAGAAACUGGAAGCAAAUAAUGAUGAAAACUACCUCGUAGGUGAACUUGGGGAAACUCUAAAAAUGAGGCUACAGAUAAAGCUCUCUUAAAGAUCAAACUCGGACCAUGGCUUUUAUCACACCCAUCACUUUAUUUAUCCACCUGAGCAUGUUUUCUUUUUGAAAGCUUUAUGGAGUCUAAAUCCAUUUUUAAAAGGACCUAUUUUUAUGUCUCCUUUGCAAUGACCUUGUUGGAAGGAUUAUGGAGACGCUGAUGAGGCAAAGUUCUCAUGAAAAUUCCGCCACAUUUAUUGUAUUUUAUAUGUUUUUGGUUUUUUUAAAUAAAUUUGUACCAACCAAUGCUGGAAUUAGUGUUCAACAUUUUAACUGAAUCAGCAUGAAUCAGAAGCAGGGAAACAAUUCUACCUAGAUAAAUAGAAUGUUUAUGUCUUCAUACCUACAAAAAGAAGGUAUGCGACUUGAGCCAUUCAAACUAAAUCUGUUGAUGCCAUCUCAUAAUGAUGAGAGUUUAAUGGUUCAAGACAGCUCCCUAAUUAAUUACACUAUGCUAAUUCAGUUAAAGUUUUCAUAAACUAUGAAAACUAAACUAUGUUACCUUCUCUACAUCAUGGCAGCAAUAGUAUAUGCAUUUUAGUAUCGGUGUACUGCAACAUGUCCAACUGUAGCACCAUAUCUGGUUGAUUUUAAUAGGAUGAUAAAAAUGUAGUUAAAGAAUAGGCAUACCAAAGUAGGAAAACAAAACAAUUUUUUAAUGCCAAUUUUGAUAUAUAACUCUCUGAGAGGUACGAUAGAUUCCAACUCAGGGAAGUAGAAAUUUGUACUUGGUGACUACAGCUUUGUUUCAUAAGAAACAAAAUAUUUGGGGGGGGGGGGGGGGGAUGUCACCUUUAAGUUUCUGGAUUCACAAAGUUCUUUCUGAUUAAUUAACAAUGAUAGUCAUUAAUGAAUCGAAAAAAAUCCAUCCAAAAUGAACAGAGCAAACAAAUGUUAGAAUUAAAAUGUUAAUUUCCUUCCAGGACAAAGGAUUAUUUUUUUUGUAUUUUCUUUGUCACCAGCCUGCAUUUUGUUUGGGAGUAUUACCAUAAUCCCCAAUAAAUGUAAAUGUUUAUUUAUUUGUUGCAGUAAUAUAUGGAGUGCCUAUUGAAAUAUUUUUAACAAUGAGGGAGCCUUGACUUUUUAUUUUACAUGUGUCUUUCUAUUUAGUUGUUAUAAUUGAGGCAUUUUAUUGUAACAGUAGAAACUGCACUGGUUUCAUUAACUUGGGGCACUGUAAAAAGAAUAUAUAACUUUACAGAAGAUGUUUUGAACUCAUGUGCAGGUAUUAGACAUCAAGAAUAUCCAGCAUUGGACUUUCUACAGAUUUGCUGAGUAAUAGGGAUUAUAACACUACAGGGUCACCUGCUGUAACGCAAUAUCAAGACUGCUCGAUGUACUCAUACUAUUACACUUUACAACGUACUGUAAUUAUUCUCUCCUAUGUAGGAAUGUGUUCUGGAACAAGGUGCUUCAUUCAGUUAUUUUACUGUAGGCAGCUCAGUAUGAGAAAGGUGAUAUCCAGUGCAUCAUACUGUUUAGAUGGUUUGAUUAAACAAUGCAUUCCCUAUUAGCUGAAGGCAAGGAAAACGUGUGUAUGUAUUUGAAUUUUGUGUAGACAAUUGUCACUAUUAGUGUAGUUAUACACAGUAUGCGCCUCAACUAGUAAUCUUUGAGUCUUUCCGCAACUCGUUGGAAGUACAUUUUAUUUUAUAUUAAAUACUAUCCCUUUUUAUUAAGAAAGGGUGUACCAAUAUUGCAUUUUGGACAACUGGUGCCCAUAACUAGUUAUAUGAAAGAAGUGGACCCUAAUAUCAUAAAAAAACUCAUCCAUGUGCAGAGACAUUAUACAUCAUAUGUAGACCAAAGACUCUCCACGAUCGGAAAUGGGUGUUUCCUUUGUUUAUAUAAUUAUGUUCACAUUUGACAAAUGAUAAUGUGUAAAGCAUUUGUUUUUUUUAUAUAUUUCAGUAUGUAUCUGGUUGCCAUCAGUUUUCUUGCAAUAAAGCUUAUUUUGGGGUAA